AUGAUGUUCUGCUCAUGGGAGGAGACGCUGCCGCCGCGUCGCCACGCAGACGACUCUGCUCCGCCGUCAUACGGGCCGCUCAGUCGGCGACGCAAGGGACAACCACGGUGCGCCGUCGCACUGGAACACCUCCCAUUCGCUGUUAAUGGUCUUCUUCCCUGCAGUUUCGAGGCAAUCCAUGCAACGUUCUACAUCCGACCACUGGAUGAUGGCUACUGCUGGCUGGGUAUUCACGCUUCUGGCCAUAGUUGCGGAUCUACCAUGGUGCGGAGAGAGCGCGGCGGUGAACCUGACGCUGCCCAGAGUGCCUUCGGUGCCGCUGUCCAUGGACGACGACUCGCCGUACCUGCAGGACCUCUACUGGUCCCACAACGACUCCUGGCCCAUCGAUACCCUGGAUGA